CAGUCGUGGGGUAUCUCUGGUGCAAACGGGGAAGAGGAACAAGCGCAGGCCAGUUUUCAUUCAGUCGAAACUCUUCUUGAAGAUGUCGUUGCAGUGAGAACAUGGCGACCGAGCCGCGAGGAUCUCUGUUGAUGUCUGUGUUAAAAACUGUCACUCGCAGUGGACGUUUGCAAAUUAAGUGAAGUUUUGCUUCAAGUCCGUUUUUCGAAGCUGUGCUUUCGAUGAUCGUGCGCGUGCCGUCUCGGAAUAACGACCUCAAUACCCCAUUCCGACGGUUUAAUUUGUGGAUUUGACAGAAGAGCUUCCGCCUACUUUCAAAACAUUGCAGUCCUGGAUCUUCUUGUCAGUUUCUGAAGAAAGUGCAUACGGUGUUUGUGGCCGCAGACGCAUUAAGACAACUCUCAUCGUCCAUGGAACAACCCCGAUUGAGGCCAUGGAUCUUGUUGCUGGUCUGAUGAUUUGUGUAAACAUUGAUCCAGAGGCCCAUUCUGUGCUCAGCCCCCUUUUACAAGCUCUACCAUUUCCCUAUAAAUAUUCAGCCUGUCAGUAAUGAUGGCUUUUCACCUACUCCAACGACCCCUCUUCUGUGAAAGAACUUUAAAUGAGUGAUGUUAUAGUAAAGUGGUCUUCAAAAUGAUUCAAGCGUCAAGUGGUCAUCGGAGUGACAAUGGUUUUAGUAAAAAAUUAAGUGAUAGUGGUGGAACAGCUAUCAUGAACCUAUCUCCUGAAAGGAUUGUGGUGCCCUCAUCAAGCUCGGCCUCUCUGGAUACCAGGCUGGGCCCGGGCGUACCUACACUCAAGUUAUCACGUGUCACGGGCUCCUCAUGUCAAGCGCUGCGACAUGCAGUUGCAGCCCUAAAUCGUCUUGAUGACUUCACAAGAGAGAAAAUAGGAUCAGGAUUCUUUUCUGAAGUUUUCAAGGUGACGCACCGGACGACGGGCCAGGUGAUGGUGCUGAAGAAGAACCUGCUGCGCUCCAACCGGCCCAACAUGCUCAAGGAGGUGCAGCUCAUGAACCAGAUGAGCCAUCCCAACAUCCUGAGGUUCAUGGGCGUGUGUGUGCACGAGGGCCAACUGCAUGCGCUGACUGAGUACCUGAACGGCGGCAGCCUGGAGCAGCUGGUGCAGUCCCGCGGCACGGAGCUGCCCUACGCCGUGCGCAUGAAGCUGUCCCUGGACAUCGCCCGCGGCAUGGAGUACCUGCACUCGCGGGGCGUCUUCCACCGCGACCUCACGUCCAAGAACGUCCUGAUUCGGCGCAACGAGGAGACGGGCGAGCUGACGGCGGUGGUCGCCGACUUCGGACUGGCCGCCAAAAUUCCCGACCCACUGUGCGGCUACCGGCUGCCGACGGUGGGCUCGCCCUACUGGAUGUCGCCGGAGUGCCUCAAGGGCCAGUGGUACAACGAGAAGUCGGACGUGUUCUCGUACGGCAUCGUGCUGUGCGAGCUGAUAGCGCGCGUCGAGGCGGACCCCGACGUGCUGCCGCGCACGCAGAACUUCGGCCUGGACUACUUGGCCUUCGCGCCGCUGUGUCCGGCGGCCUGCCCGCCCUACUUCCUCAAGCUCGCCUUCCACUGCUGCACGUUCGAGCCCAAGAGCCGGCCCUCCUUCUCGGAGAUCGUCCGCAAGCUGGAGGCCAUGCUGCGCGGCAAGAGCUCCCCCGAGUACGCCGAGUACCCCAGCGCGGCGGCGGCGUCGCUGGAAGGCGCCGCGGGCUCGGCGACGUCGACGGCGGCGGCCAAGACCAAGGGCGCCAUCUCGGAGGCGUGCCUCGCCAACCUGGCCAGCUCGUCCCUGGCCGCGAGGUCCGUCGAGGUGAUCCCCAGCAUCGCCACCCCGGACGACGGCAAGAGCAUCAACCGCCACAAGAAGCUGAGCCACCGGCGGUCGCUGUCCGAGGACGUGGGGCUCAUGGUGGCGUUCCCGGCGCACACGUCGCCCAGCGAGAAGGCGCGCUGCCACUUCAUGGGGGCCGCGGCCUCGGCGGGCGCGGCGGCCAACCCGGGCGGCACGUCGCGCAUCACGGCCAAGCACGUGGGCGAGAGCAUGUGCCGCGAGGACCCGCACUACCUGCCCGCCGAGGAGGGCGCCGAGCGGCUCAACCCGUUCGCGGCGCUGUCGCACUUCCGCGGCGUCAAGAAGAUCCUCGGCGACAAGUCGGCGGCCGUGGGCAGCGCGGCGGCCUUGGGCGUGGGGGACUUGGCGUGCAGCGGCGACCUGUUCUCGUCGUGCUUCGAGCUGCCGUCGCCGUUCUUCAGCCCCACGCAGCUCAGCCCGCCGUUCGCGGAGGGCGGCGCCGCGCCACGCCGCGCCUCGCACGACUGCUCGUCGCUGUCCUCGACGUCCACGGCGCGGCCCUACACCGCGGACACCAUCAAGAGGGCCCCCCGCAAGCUGUCGCUGGGGCCUGGCGGCGGUGCCGGCGGCGGGCCGCCCUUCACAGUGCCCUCGGCCGACCUGCUGGGGACGACGGCGGCCUCGAGGCCGGCCCCGGAGUGCGUGCCGCCCGUGGUGAACGCGGGCCAGGACCUGUGGUGCAAGGUGGGGUCGCGGUGGCGGCUCAAGAGCGAGGUGGAGGCGGAGCAGGCCGAGUCGGGCCCCGGCGGCGCUGAGAGCCCCUCGAGCGUGGUGCAGCAGCCCCGGCAGGACGACGGGCUGAUCCAGGGCUCGAUAUUCUCGCCGCAGAACCGGGCGGCCGACGACUACCUCAAGAUGGACAGCGAGGCCAACGAGGGAUGCGGCGCCAAGGCGGGCGCCAAGGCCAAGCAGGCCGAGAUCGGCGAGCGGCUGGAGUCCAAAGAGGACCGCCGGAGCGACGCCUCGGAAGGGGUGACGCCCGCCCAGGAAGCGGAGGCCACUCUCGACGGUGUGGCUGACGAGGACGUGCAGGGGCCGCAGAAGAAGUCCUGGCACCACAGCCUGUCGCUGCCGUCCUCGCCCACCUUCGUGCGGCGGCGGCCCACUGUGUGGACGGGCGCGGCCGGCACAGCCAUCAACCCCAAGGUGCUGACGCAGCGCCUGCUGGAGACGCAGACGCAGGGGAGGACGGGCUGCGGCGGUCUGAGCCUGAGCCCCAGGCCCAAGGCCUGCCGAGUGCACGGCGUGCAUGGCGUCGAGGAGGACGGCGUGUUCUCCGGCCACUCGUCCGCCCUGGAGGUGCUGGACUUGAGGCCGGACGCCAAGGCGCUGGCCGUGGAAGCGCGGCUGGGCGGGCUUGGUGGGCUGGGCCCUGCGCCACUGCAGCGGCGGUUGUCAUCGUCAUCGUCCAACCUCAACAGCCUGCUGCUCUCCGAGGACGACGCGGCCACCGGCGCCGUCCUGGGCGGCUUGCCGUCCGUUGCGCUGCGCCGUCGUGGUUCCUGUGAAUCUGGCUUCUUCAGCUGCCUCGGGGAAGACUAUGGCUUACUAGGAUGCGACCCACUGUCACCAUCUGACUUUUGCUCAGGGCCUGCCCGUCACACUCUGUGCUCCUCAUCAGCAGCUUCGUCUCUGUUUCUGCUCGAUGAUUCCGCAGUUUCCACAACCACCGUGUCGUCUGGAGAGUUAGCAGAUUUGGAUGACUUGGCACCAAAUGGUUCUAGUAGUUGUGGCUUAAGUACACGACACCAUUCUCUACUCUUCUCUGCCAAAAGAUCAUCUUCUAUUUAUACUGACAGUUCUGAAGAUGUCUCAAGCCUAGGGGGCGAUCCUGCCUAUUGGGAAGAGAGAGGCUUCACCGCAAACCCGGCUUCACAGCAAAUUAGCAAGAUUGUAGAAUACUUUGAGCGGAAGCAAAAUAGUAACCCGUCCUCCGGUCCUGGACCUGGAUCUAGGAGACCAUCAGCCAAAUUGCAGCCUCAGAUAUCGGCUUCAACACGGCGAUUUUCAUUAAAUCCUCAUGAAAAUACAUACUCCAUAUGUGAUGCAAUUCGUUCAUCAGACAUAGCCUUCUUACGGAAAUCUUUAGGCCAGACAAGUUGUUCCAAAGGUGUAAUGGCAGCUAGCCCUCCACCAGUGCCCCUAUCUAGGCAUCACGGGGCCAAGCGCUGUGCCAGUCAAAGACUGAUUGUUUGUGAAGGUGCUGUUAAGUCUAAGCUUCCCCUUUUCGACAAAAAAUCAUAGAGAAUUUAGAGUAUUUAUGGUUUAAUUUGAAUGUAUUACCUAUUUGUAUGUUUAAUAGUCUAUUAUAUCCUUUUUCUUUUUAUGUGGAUCACUGCAGUAUUUAUAUUACUUGUGUACCUCAGUCAUGUGUAUCAGGAGUAAGCAAUAUCUGUUAAAAUGUUGUUUUUCUUUUCAUUUUUUUGUGUGAUUGUGUGUGUAUUUGUGUGUUUUAUGAUAACAUUCUGUUUGUGCAAGAUUGAAACAAUGCCUUUCUAAACACAUCAUUUUUUAGAAAAGAAAUAAUGAAGUACUUCUUGGUUUGAAUUCUUCAUUUUCAAAAGUGUUCUGUUUUUGACUUUUCCAGUCUGGCAUGCACGGGUGAAACGUUCAUCAUCCCUUUAGGAUCCAAUCUGUUGUGUCCAGUACUUAAUUUUCAACCAGCAUGGUUGUCUAGCAGUUGUUUUUUGUGCCUGCCCCUUAAAGUAUGGGUCUUUAUUCCCACCUAAAUUAAUUUUGACACCUGAUGCAACUUCUUGUAAGACUGCUUUCAUACUAUUGAGACAAAUGGUGUAAAAAUAACUUGAAUUAAUAUCUUGCAUUUGGUCUCAUUUCUUGAUUGUAAUCAACCUUUCUAUUUAUAUUUUAAAAAAUGGCUGCUUCAAGCAAUGAACAAUUUUUUUUUCAACAUACCUUUAUGUUAAAACGGGUUACAAUGGAUGGUUGUGCGUUGGCAAGCCUAGUGACAUUGAAACAGUCUUCCUUGAUACUUCCCUUGUUUGACAAUUUGGGCAUUUUUUCAUUAUACAUUACGCACUGUUAUCUCAACACUUUGUAACCUCAUGUUACUAAUGUUUUUCUGGUGUUAAGUGAUACUACCUAGGUUUUAGAGUAAGUCCUCGCUGUUUGUUUAGAGCAUAAUAGCUAGUCUAGUCGUUCUGUCCAACAAGAAAGUGUGUCACAAGUCUCGUUUGUCCAUUUAGUUUCUUUUCUUUUACAUGUCAAGAUGAAUUACUCUUCUCUUUACAGUACUCAAGAACAAGUAAUGUUUUCAUGUUAAUUCAGAAAUGAGUUCUUAAAUUGCUCAUUUUUCUUCUGUUUAGUUGUACAGUUUCGGAACAUCUUCUAACCUUCUGUAAAAAUAUUAUGAAAUACCUACCAGUCUUCCCAUUUUUCAUCUUGUUCAUUGGUUGUGACACAAUUCCUAGAAGAACACCAAAUUCCUCAAUUCCUAUUUGAUGAAUAAAGUAAGAUAUUUUCUUCAUUUGUUAUGAUUUUGUCUUCCACUAUCAUUUCAAUUAAGAAUUGAUUGUAAUUCUUUAAUCAUUUAGAAAAUAUGAGACCAUUGAAAUGUUCUUUGCUAGUCAAGGAGUAUUUUUAUUGUUACUCUUGUUACUCAUACAUGAAGUAUAAGUUCGAGUCAGCUCAUUCAGAGCUGAGUGUUCAGUGUGAAUGUGCCUUGAUACAGAGCUUGUUAUUAACAUCUGUCCUGAUCAAAGUGGAAGGCCCUCCAUGGAUAUUGAACAGUUCAAAUUAGUAUUUCCCCAAACCAGCUUUCCCACUGAUCAACAGGAAGUUUGAGCUGGCAUGUUUUUAGUUUGUUUGUUGGCAUCAUUUAAUAAAAGGGUUGUCCAAUUCAGUUGUGCAUCAAGAAAGCCAAAAUGGUGGGCAGCCCAAUCAAAGUAGUUUUCUGUUCACAAGAUUGAGCUCAGGUUUCAUCCAGUGCUCCCUUUUUUUGUUUUCUUUCCUUAUCCUGGAAUGGAUGUGUUAUGUGAGCCUGAAUUUGUUGGACUGAUGAAACAUCAUGGUAGCUAAUACACGGUUGGUAUUUUAUUCUACAAUAAUUUAUUUUGAUUUAAUGUGUACUAAUUUCAUCUCAUAUUAGAUGUUUAGUUGCAUCCUAUCCAAAAGAGUUUUGUAGGCGUCAAAGGGAUACUGAUAUUCAUCUGUAUUGAAUGAAUGUACCCUGCUUUAAGUGAAAUUUUAUUGUUACCAACUAACUAUGUAACAUGUUAGUAAAACCUUUUACUUCUCUCACUGCCAUAUUUCAAGAUCAACAUUACCUUCAUUGUACUGAGUAAUGUAUGUGUUGUUUUCUGUGAAAUGCUGGUGUACUUGUCCGUAGUAGUUUAUUAUUGAAAUGAAAGACUGCAUUUUCGUCCCUUGGAGAUAUAUGAUGCUGUAACUCUGUUUUUAUUUCUUGAUGAGUUACAUGUUUGAGAAAAUGAAUGUGACUGUUGUGUAUUGCUCAAGUUUACGUGCAAAUCAUUUGAUAGACCAGCUCACAUUUAAUUUGUUCCCCUUUCUUCUGGAAACAGUGAUUCAAGAAAUCUUAUUAUUAUGUAGGUAUUGUUUAAUCAUGAGUUAGGUAAAAGUUGUUUCAGAGAAAUGGAGUGUAUUUUUUCUAUUAUACAAAAUGUAUUUGUGUUAGUUUGGAGAAAAAUUAGAAACGUCUGUUCAGUGCGUGUACUUCUUUGCUCAUAGCUCAUAAUCUGAGACAUUUUGUGUGUUUUCGUAUGAAUGGACAUUCCUUUUGUACUUUUAAGAUAACAAUUUCUUUAAAUCUUUUUACUUCAAAAUUCAGAAAUUAGAGUUUUUCCCAGCAAUAAUUGAAAACAAACAAUGUUUGUUACAAAAAUUCUGAGAGUCAAGUUUUUCCCAGCAAUAACUUGGACCUGCUUUUCCAAACAUUGUUUGUUUUGUUACAGUUCCCACUAUUCAUACUUGUGUGGCAGUAAACUGAUCUUAUUGGUUUUUCUGUAGCGAAAUUUCAAAAUUUGUCUCAUUAUUUGCCUUUUCAAGACUAUUGUUUCCAUCUGUAAAUUCAUUCGUAACCUGCUAAUUUAGGGAGGCUCGUCAAAUGUUUUGACUCUUUUGAAUACCUUUCUCCUAUGAUAUCGGGAUGCUUCAAUGUAUUUGCACUUUUUAUGUAGUUUUAUUUAUUUUGCUAUUUCACAUAAAAAUUGUAGUCCAAUCAUGUGGAUUUGUUGUUUAGGUCGUAAGUCGGGUCUAGUCAUGUCCACCCAAAGCUGAACAGACUUUGUUACUCCACAUGCAUAUAACUAGAUUGAAUUGUAUGUCAAGUGUCAAGUAUUAUAUUAAAUAAAACAUUAUUUUUUAAAAUU